AUGCCACUUCUAGUGCUCUAUUUGAUCUGUUGCGAUUCGCCGCGGUUGGUGCACUUAUGGGAUGUAGAAUAUAAUCGGAAUUUUCUCUGCAAAGUGGGCAAGCUGGGUCAAGUGCAAGAACUGAUUUGGUACGUGAGCGAGCGAAUGAAUACCGCGAAUAGUGCAGGCGUGCAGGAGCUCUUUAUAUCACUACGCGCGUGUCUCGGCGUAACGCAGACAAUUUUGUCUAAUCGCACGGAUGUACGCUUUAUACAAACGGAAAAUAGGAAAAAUUCGCUCAGUGUCGUUUUCGCUACUUCACCGGAAGAUCCCAUAUUGUACGUGCACGCGCUAACUUUGCUUGGGCGUCGGAUGUAUUUUGGACUAGUGAUUAUGAUGAAUGCGGUGGAUAGUUUCGGCGUGGUGGAGCAACUCUUGCUAGGCUUGCGUAGCCGUAAUUUGCAAAGUACUUUGCUAUAUUAUUACACCACAAACCAGACAAAUGAAAUUUUUGGCAAUACUAUUUAUCCGGAGUUGAAGUUCGUAAAUCGGUCUGACUAUUAUGAAUACCUGCAACGAAGUUUGAGUACGAUCGUGACAGGUCAUAUAAACUUGGAAGGUUAUAAAUUGUACACACCAUUACGGCAGGAUUUACCGCAUGUCUUCAGCUACUUAAAUGCAAGCGCGCAUGUCAACUGGCGCGGCUCAGCCUAUAACUUGUUAAGAGAAUUUACGGCCUACUGCAACGCUACGUUAGUUAACUACGCCAUGUCCAAGGAUAGGCUGGGAGGCGACGUUAUCGAUAUGAAGGCAGCGCUUGAUUUGAUACGAAGUGGCAAAAUCGAUUUAAUCGCACACGCUUAUGCAUUAUUCAAGUCGGAUGAUGAACUCAGCGCGAGCUAUCCACUUAUGGUGGUGCGUUGGUGUCUCAUGGUGCCCAUUUGGAAUAGCGUUACAACAAUGUUCUAUCCCUUGGAACCAUUUGACGAAUUGACUUGGCUUGGUAUCCUUUGCGUUUUCGGCGUACUAGUAGUCGUUAAGUACUUGUGGUGUUUUUUACUGGGUUCACAUCAAUUCGCACCAAGCAUUAGACAUAACAUUUUAUGGAGCUUCUGCCAGAGUAUUGGCGUUUCUACGCCCCAGCCGCAUGGCGCACCAUCCGUAGUGGAUUUCUUUUUUUGCACUACAAUAUUCUUCUACGGUUUCUUUCUCACAGCGAACUACACUUCACUACUGGGCAGUAUCUUUACAGUGACUUUAUUUCGCGCACAAAUCAACACAAUGGAUGAUAUCAUAAGGUUGAACCUUUCAGUGAUGAUUAUCGAUUAUGAAUUGGAAUUUUUACGCUCCAGCGGGGAGGAGUUGCCUGAGAAUUUUACACGUUUAAUCCUACCAGUAGAUCCGGCCACUUUUAGUAAGCAUCAAGUGCAGCUAAAUUCAAGUUUCGCUUAUUUUGUAACCGAAGAAAAGUGGCACUUUUUGAAAUUACAACAGAAAUAUCUCAAGCAAGGCCUAUUCAAGUUCACCGAUAUUUGUUUCGGUUCCUAUCAUUUGACCUAUCCAAUGCAAGCGGAUUCGUUCUUGUAUCGAAAUCUCGAGUACUAUAUUUAUCGCAUGCAUUCUUCGGGCAUGUUGAGCCAUUACGAGAGCACAGACUUCGAUUACGCCGUGGAGGCGGGGCUCGUGAAACGCUUCGCCGAUACUACGGAGUAUACUUCGGCUGUUCAUGUUUGUGAAGAUUAUGAGCGCAACAGCACUUGUUUGCCUGAGUGUUUUUUAGAAUAA